AUGGGCUUUGUUGGCUUUCAAAAGUGGGAGGCACGUCAUGAUGCUGUGUUUGCACUAAAAACUAGAUUUGUUGAUGUUCUAAAAGUUUUGACUCAAAUUGUUCUUACAAGUUCUAAAACAAAUGAAAAAAAUUUGGCUGUGGGAUUAAAAAAGCAAAUUGAAAAUAGGGAAUUUGUUUUAAUACUAUGCUUAUGGGAACCCAUACUUCGAGCCCUUCGAGGAAUUUCAAAACCAUUACAGAAUGUUAAUAUAACUUUAGACCAAGCGUCUAAUAUGCUUCGAAAUGCUGUACAAACGACUCAAAAGCUCAGAAACAGUUUUGAAGAUAUUUUAAAAAAUGCGAAUGAAUUAUGUUUAAAAUGGGGAAUAUCUACUUCAUUUUUUAAUAAACGAAACAUUUUUGCAAAGAAACAUUAUGAUGAGUUAGAUGGUGACUAUCGACUAAACGUCACAGAAGAAAACUUUAAAGUGAAUAUUUUUUUGCCAACAAUUGAUACAGUAUUAUCACAACUUAUUUCACGGUUUGAAGGUACUCAUGAUGUUGCUGAUUCAUUUGGAUUUUUAACUCCAACCACUCUUUUAAAACUUAACGAUAGCGAUAUAAUAAAAUCUUCAUAUGAUUUUGUAUUGAAGUAUGAAAAUGAUAUUACAUCGGAUUUCGCACGUCAACUUAUUGCAUUGAAAACAGUAAUUAUCAAUAGUGAGAUAAAGACUAUAAAAGAUUUAGCACAAUUUAUCAUAAGUAAUAGUUUGCCUAGCAGUUUUCCUGAUAUUUUGAGUGCUUGUAUCAUAUUUAUGUGUAUACCAGUUACAGUGGCAUCCGCUGAACGCUCCUUCUCAAAGCUCAAAUUGAUAAAAAACUACUUGAGAAACACCUGCAAUCAAGAUCGCCUAAGCAGUUUAGCAGUAUUAAACAUAGAGCGAGAGCAAACAAUUAAUAUCGCCAUCGAAAAAAUUAUCAACGAUUUUGCAAAUGCCAAGUCAAGACGGAAAAAUUUCUUGAUAUAA